GCACCUUGCAGUUUCGACGCCCUCGGAUGGUUCGAAACCUAUUAGUACCUGAAAACUUUUAGUUUCUAAGAGUAACAAGUUCCUUUCUGAUCUUUGCAAGAACUAAGGUAAGGGAAGAACUUUGUAGGUAGCUUUUAUAUAUAGUGGAUAUAUGGAUUCCAAUAGAACGAGCUGAAGGAGAAGAUAAAUUGACCAUGCAUUCAAACCUCACACGGCAUCAAUUUUGCAAUAGAAUGUUGGUUAAAGCUAAAAAUUUUAAAACUUGCAUUUUCGAUGUCGUUUAAUUAUAGCCACGAGCGUGGGACCCAGUAAGAAAAAUCCCAAUCUUACGAGUUUUUCACUGUUGGUUUGUUGUUGCCUUCACACUCCGGGUCAGCUCAGCUCGGAGCUAGGGUCUUCUCAUUUAAACCCGGAAAAUAUAUUAAAUUUUCCACUUUGUAAGCGGAAUUUCAAGCUUCAUAGUGAAUAUUUUUCAACAAUUAACUUUCCAUCUAGACAACUGUUAACUGCCAGAGCAACACAGUUAUAUUUAUUGAGAUGACAGGCAGUUGCUUAGAAUGUGCAGACCUUGCAAGUCUGCAAACAAACUAUUAAUCCUAUUGAUUUGGGGGCUGGUACGGGGGCUUGGUUCACACACCGAAAUAUGCAAUAUAAAAAUGAUAAUGUCCGUCUUUGCGAGGACACAGAAUAAGUGAUUUUGUUACAAAUAGUUAUGGUGCGUCCUGGGACUCAUCUUGUGAAAAAUCAUGCGUCCCAGUCCAAAACCAAUGAGUCCCAGUCUACCAAAAAGAGUCUGGAAUUGAAAAUGCUUUAGCCUUUGUGUAACCAGACUGUUAACCUGAAGACAUAUUCCAAAACUCUGUAUUACAGUAUGCUGAAAUUAAAAUAUAUUCCUUCUAUUCUAAAACACAUCAAAGGCUAAAAGAAAUAUGUAUCGUUUAACAAAAGCCAUAAUAACUUCCACAGAAAUUAUGCAAACGGGAUAUUUCUACAGGUACACAUGUUUAGGUCAAUCGACCAAUCUUUGGGCAAUCUUUGUGUCCUGUGGGACACAUGCUAUGAAUUAUUUCAAGCGUCUUUGGGGAUUAUUAUGCAUCAGGAACGCAGGAGGAAGAGGUACCAAAUUCACUGGUUAAGAUUUUUAAAACUAUCCUGGGGGAGAAUUUGUUCAGGGAAAGUUUGUCUGGAAUAGAGAAGAAGCUGUGAAUAAAUCUGUCACAUUUUGUUCUGUACCUUUCAUAUGCCUACUUAAGGACAACUCACAAGUGCAUCCCUCUUCUUAACACUUAGAAUAACGUUAAAAAUGACGUUAUGGAAGGUUAAAGUAAAAUGAAAUAAUAUGGUUUUUGCAUACAAGGUAAGGUGUUUCUGUCCAAAAUAUUUUAAUUAUAGGUCCUUUUAAAUAGCUACGUAACAGAUUUUCAUACCCUUUCAAAUACUUUAACUCUCUCCCAUAGUGAGGCCUGAAAAAGAUGCCUUUUUUUUUGGGGGGGGGGGAGCCCCCCCUAUGAGACCCUCAUGCAGAGUACAUGUACCACGCCCCUGUCAUACAUGUUACAUUUAGCUGCAUGCGUGCCGUAACUGGUUAAGUGAUUUAGAGGUUAGGCAUCUGAUCAUUUUUCCUCUUUGAAUAUGUAACCAUUACAACAUUAUUUGAUUAUGAAAAUACCUUUAAUUAUUCAAAACUACAUGUAAUGUAACUAAUCUUGUCACUGUUUUGGAAGGGCUAAGCUUACAGAAUGAGUCGUAAAGGAGCUCCCACAUCUCAAGAGGGCGAGAGCAUCUACCGCAUCCCACCAUAUUACUACAUUCAUGUCUUGGACCAGAACACCAAUGUCACCAAGGUGGAAGUUGGACCAAAGACCUUCAUACGGCAGGACAAUGAAAAGGUAACAGUACUGACACUUGGUCUUUUACAUGCUCUGGUACUCUUGUAGACAAUAUCUCUCAACCAAACAGCCUACAAGAAUUUCUAUGGUUAGUGUUAAAGAUUGGAAUUAUCCCUCCUUUUUGUUUGGUCUAUAGUGAAGGUGCAUCUCUCUGUUAUGGACGGGACACUGUCUUGAUUCCAAAGAUAAGAAACCUCCCACUCCAUACCUAUAAUUUCCCGAAAAUCAAAAUAUGUCAACUUUGUACAUUAAAUUCAAAUUCAUAUGUCUGUUCAUCUGGUCCAAGUUUUUAAAAGGUGGAUAAUGCUAUCCACUGGAUAAAUCUCUAUCCACUGGAUAGCACAAUCGGUUUUCCUAAUACUCAUUCACCAGAUAAUGAUUUAUCUGGUGGAUAGUGCUGUCCAUUGUUUGAACAAGUGGCGCCUGCAGGUGUCUUGAUAUUUAUAGAGAAAUUUAAUUUACUGUGCAAUAUAAAUUGGUGCUUUAAUUUAUAUCUUUACCUCUUUUAGGCCUGUACUGUAAACUCAGUCAUUUCAAGGGGGCAAACUACACUAAACUUUGGAAUAAAAUUACUGAGAAUCAUGAUUUUAUCUGCAGAGUCAGAAAAACAC